CAACUGACUUGUUUACGAGAGUAUCCUUGUGAGUUCCGCGCGUGUAGUAAGUCGAUUAUGAUUCAGCUAACUUCUGUUUGGCUUCUUUUUCUGGGAUGUACUUUCAAUGUGGCAGCUCUUCUUCCACCGGAUAGUGUUUCAUUCUCUCCUAAGACAUGGUUUCCAAGAGAUUUUGAAAGGCUAGAAGCUCUGUCGCUCCAGCAUUCUCAAAGACGUCGGCCUAAGCCUCUGGCCUUUAGCGACGGCAAAGGCUUGGUGGCGGGAACAAGCAACCCUCUUGCUGUGCACGCGGGGGUAGAGACGCUGAAAAAAGGCGGGAACGCAAUGGAUGCGUGCUUGACAACAGCUUUUACAGGUAGGCUGGGUUAAACUUUACUUGCCUGAAUAUUUUUUCGUAGCAGUUCAAUAAGCUCUUUCUUAAUUUAAAUUAUAUCACUAGAGUAAAAAAAUAAGCCAAGUGCACCUCGGUUAGUCUGUUUCCUGCCACCGACUUAAGAAACCAAAUAAACGAGACAAUGCAGUCUUUAAUACACUCUGUAACCUGAAGAGGAUUAAAGAUUUUUAUUUCGGCGUUAGAGUAUUAACGAUACCAUUUCCUUUUCAAACCCAGUUCUUAGUCAGUUGAUCCUGCUUUUAACUGGACCGUUUUGAAAAGAUCGAAAGGUUAUUUCAAUUCAACUCUACCAGACUGUAGAAUAAAUUAGUCCUAGACGAUUUCUGCCAACGGUUUUUCGAGUUUGGAACCUAGUCUAACAAAGUCUAACUGGUUACAAGUAACGAUGAAGAUCUCCAGGAUUUAAACUUUGAGAUAUUUAAGACAGUACACCCUUUUUGUGUCACCGAUCGUAGUUAGUUGACACUUUUUAAGUGGUUUAUUUUGACAAGAUCGGAAGGUUUUUUUGCUUUUUCGGGGGCGGGACACUAAGUCCCAAAUGCGUCUGUGUCCGGUUUUUCGUGUUCUAAAUCAAAUUGUAAAUUGUCUAACUUUAAAAAUGCGAGUGCACGAAAAUAUCUAAGAUUUAGUGACGUACGCCAAGAACUCAUUCAGUUCUUGGUUUUUAUCAUUUUAAUUGUCAUACAACUCUAUCUAGAUUUAUAUUGCUGUCUGUUUGUUUUUCGUAGCUUGUGAUAUAUCUCGCCCUCUUGGAAUAAAUCCGUUACCGGCUGACUAAGUUUCGUAAACAAAAAAUAUUUCUAAACAUUAAAAAAGAUAAUUUCUCUUUUUAUCUCAAAACAGAUGUACUAGAGAUGUCAAAUUUGCUUAAUUUUUGAGAUAAGAUAGGCCAUAUAUAGGAGAAAAGGAAAUGGCAUAACAAGUCUUCAAGUUGUUAACAUUUCAAACUGACAAAAGAAAAUUAAACUUAAUGCAAGUAUUCAAGUGACUCACCUGGGCAAAAAGUUAUAACUGAAUUACUUCUGUUUCGGCUUUCUAAACCAAAUUUAAAAAAGAAAAAAUAUAUAAAUAAAUCGUUCGCUAAUCAGUACGCUUCGUGGAUGUUUUUCCGGAGCAGUUGCAAAAUGUUUUUAAUACGCUCUGGAACAUUUUAGCUUCGUUUUUUUCUAGAUUGGAAAAAAAAUUGAAGAAAUAAAUAAGUGAAAUACACGUUGUACUCAGUUUACCAAGAACUGCACGUCCGGCUAGGUGUCGCAAUCCAGCGAUAAGCAAAUGUGUAUCUUUUGAUAAAAAUUAUCUUCCCUUUAUCUGAAUAACCAGUUUGCAAAACAAUAAGCUGCGAUUCGUGUUAGCGAGUAUCUGUUACUGUUUUUCAGGGUUCCCUGCUGCUCAGUAUGCCUCUGUGUGCCCUAUGAUUUUAUUUUAACUAGGUAUCUGUGAGUGUCUCUCUUCUAGCUCAGUAUCAAUUCUAUCAGAAUCUUUGAGACGUGAUCCUAUGUGAACGCAUUCCAGGCUGCUCAGUUGACCUUAUCGAGGCCUAGCCAAGCUACAACCUUUGCAUAAGUCAAUUUUCUUUAUUUGUUGCCCGAAUAAAGAAUGUACAAGGAAAGCAUUGCUCGCCACAGCUAGUCCAAAACGUUUUCGAGACACUAUAACAUAUCAUUAGACCAAAAGUGGGGUUAAUCAGAUCAUACACUAUUCUAUGCCCCUGUAUCCGCUUAAAUCCAAUAGUGGAGGAGAGGGGAGGGGAGGGAGAGAAUCCCUUGUACACCUAAUGUGCAUUGCACUGCAAAAGUUUUCAGUUCUGCAAAUGUCUGAACUUAACCGUUUUCGCUCCUCGGUUUCUUGUCAUGUAUUUCAUGCCCCUGUAUCCGCUUAAAUCCAGUAGUGGAGGGGAGGAGAGGGAGAGAAUCCCUUGUACAACUAAUGUGCAUUGCACUACAAAAGUUUUCAGUUUUGCAAAUGUCUCAACUCAACCGUUCUCGCUCCUCGGUUUCUUGUCAUGUAUGAUUGUUCAAUCUUCCUGAUUGAUAUUCUAUAUAAAAAAUCACCAAAGCCGAGGAGCAAAAUUAUGGUAAAUUGCAAUAUUUAUGGCGCCAUCUAGUGUACGAACCGAAGAUGAAUACUAUAGUGUCUUUGUCAAUUUUUUGCACGCGGCCAUGAGAGUGAGACUUUAUACUGACUGGAUGUAAGAUGCUCAUACGGUUCUCUGCCGGGGUUAAAGUUUCCAAGUAUAGUUUCAGUUCUCUUACCUGAAAACAAAAGAAGAAGAUGUGACCAAAUGCUCCUUGUUUCUUACGUGACUUCUAAGCUUUAUAAAAAAAAUUUAAAUCCAGUUGUGCAUAUCAGGCACUCGACACGACAAAUAACAAAAUUAUUAUAAGCUUUUUACUUCGCCUUGUGAGUUUCAAAAACAACUGUUGUAUUUUCACGCACACCAUCUUCAUCGUUGUCCGACUCGCCAAAAUACAACCUCACCAAGGAGCUUCCCCCGUUUUACGCAGAUACUGAGAAGGUUCGCAUCGUUUCUUCGUUAUCGAGAAAACAAAUUUCUCUCAUGUUCACUGCUGAUGAUUUGUGGAUUAAAAAUGGCAAAAGUUUACAGGCUGAACAUUGUUUUCUUACACAAUAAUUGCUUGCUCGGAGGAUCAUUAAAGUUCGCGAAUUUCUUUUUACUGUGGGGUCCCGAUAUAGGGGAUAGACUGCAAAGCAGAGAUAAGAGACAGCUUAGGGUGUCCAACAUCCAUCAAGUGGAUGCGUUCGGCUUAAAAUUGAACCAAUUAAUAGUUUCCCAGAGUGCGGUCUAAAUUGUUUUCAUGUUUUGAGUGGAAGCCAAAAAUAAUUUUACCAGAAAAGAAAAUAAUCAUUUGUUAUUGAACGCGUCUUGCCGCUCUCUACAGUGGCAUGGAAAAAUAGUUCAUAUAAGACGGCCGCUUAAAAUCCCAGAAAAACGAUUUUAAGCACUUGAAAAAUCGCAGUGUUCUUUUGCACCAUUUCCUAUAAGGUCCUAUAGAUAAGACCAUAAUCCGGUAUUUAGUUUGUGCCUUUCGAGUGGACCAGCUGACUGAAAGGAUGCGCUCCUCAAAAAGUAAUCACCUUAUCACUAAAAUACUUUCCUUAUCGAAAAAGCACUUUGUUAUGUAACUUACACAAUAAGUGUGUGUUUCUUUGGACUAUUUGAUUUUUGUAUAAAACCUGAACAAUUUUAGCCAAGAUUACUCAACAGGGCUCGCUGAUGAUCGUGGUCAGAACUAAAGACAAGUGACGAACUAAGUCACAGAUAGUACCAUGCUUAUAAACUCAAAGUCACGUCUCUCAGAAUUUAAUUAAGCUGUGUAGAUUGACGCUGGUUGUGCCCCCCAGGUCUAGAUGGGGCAAAUUUCGAUGAUAAGGGAAGAUCAAUUAAACUUUGUAAUCGCACCUUAUCAUUUAUACUUAAAGGGAACUAAGAUAAACGUUAGUGGAAUUAAUUUUCAAAACUCACCGACGCACACUCAGGCACUCAGAGGCUCUUAACUUUAAGAGAUUUUACUUUGUAUCGAGUUCAAGCACACAUGUUAGCGAUGCUGAGAGUACUUGGUAAAAACUAAAUAAAAAGAAACUAAAAUAGACAAUAACACUUUUCCCUUGAGAUACGUUUUUAGUACUUUUCCUUUUCAACAGAAUACACUGUUUGAAUUUCCGCAAUUUGUUUUGUUCGAUCGCUUCGCAGAGCGAGAACUCAUUGAGGACAUUGAGCUGAGCUGGCAGGUCGCGCAAUCUUAUACGUGAUCCCCGAAUGACUUAAUGUUCCAAAACUUGGCUGUAAGUCACCUAUUUUUUUUGCCAAGGGCUAGAUUUGAUCGUAUGUACUCGUACACAGUAGUAAGUCCAGUUGACACGUAAGACGGUUUUUCAUCUCUGUCAGGACCCACUCCUGUCUCUGUAUAGCUGGGACUGGAUGACUCGAGCUAAUUCGAGGACACCUUUAUUUUUUUUUUCUUCAGAGAUCGUCUUGGCGGCAGGUUCUCACGUGUCGUUUGCCGGUGUAGCCAACAUUCUAUACCAUGACAGCUCAACGGGUGACACUUACAACAUUGAUGGGGGCUGGAACAAACCUUACUACGUAGACCUGGCUCAGAUGCCUGAACAUCAUUCGGACCGCAGCAAUGGUGCCUCGGUUCUAGUCCCAGGAUUCAUAGCAGCCGUGUCUACUGCUUCGGAGAAGUAUGGGAGGCUUCCACUGUCCAAGCUUUUGGAACCUGCAAAGUACUUUUCUCAAAAGGGUUUUAAACUUCCUUCUCACUUAGCGGAGAACAUUAAGAAGAACUAUAAUCCAAGAAGCCUUCUGCGAACCAAGGAAGGUACCAGAUUGCGUUCCUCAAUCAUGCAUUUAUCAUAUUCUGUUAAGGACAAUUUACACACUAUCUCUACAACGCAUGUUAAAGGACAUCGCUAAGUAGUUGAGAAAAUGGAGCAAAGGUUGACUAUCUGGUUUGGGUCACAUUUUGCUCUGUUGUCAAGCAUAAGCAUGUUUUCUUCUUUCGACUCUCUAGGCCAAAUUUGUCAAGUUGUAAAAAGGAAUGAUUUGAGAGCAGACAAAAAUUUCUCAAGGGCAAUCCAAAACAAAACGAAACAUCACCAACAAAAAGCUGAUGUUAAAGCAAGAGUACCUCAGGUGUCUCCCCUUCCCCCCACGUCCCUAUAUCCCCCUCUCCCGCGCACAUCUUAUCUUUCAACGCGCUUCCCAAGUUAAUAUUUAAGAGAAAAAUGACACAACUGGGGAUAACUCAGCAGCGUGCUCUGCCAUAUGUAUGUGAGUCCAUCCCAUUCCAAAUUCAAAACCCUUGUGACGAAUAUGCUUCCCAUCACUUCGCAAGACCUAUAUAAAAUGUGAGAGAAGUUAGCCAUUUUAAUCUAUAAUUCCGUCAUUUGGUUGCAGGCAAGCAUAUUUUUACCAAUCCGAAAACAAAGCAGCUCUACAGUGCAGGCGAACGAUUCAGACAACCUAAACUGGCGAAGUUCCUCAAGCGUCUUUCCAAGUACGGCAGGGAGUAUUUUUAUAAAGGAACCUGGGCAGAGGAUAUGGUAGAGAUGGUUCAAAGCCAAGAAGGUUACAUCACCAUGGAGGACAUUACUGAAUAUCAAGUGACGUCACCGGAGCCCGCCAGCACACAGUACCAGGGGUAUCACGUGCUGACAUCAGGCGCCGAAUGGGGUGGCGCUGAGCUUUUGGAGAAAAUGAACUUGUUGGAGUUGGCAGGAAUUGACAGUUCAACAGACUCGUACCUGACGAAUGCUACGAAGCUUUUUUGGCUUGCUUCUGUCACUCGGUUCAGCUCUUUUAUUUCAUUUUUCGCUCACUUUGUUCCAAAUGGAAAGCACCUUCUCAAGGAACACCUUGGCAUUCAUUUGUCCAAUUCACAUCGAGGGCUAAUAGAACCAGCAGAGGACUUGUGGGACAAAAUUGGCUCUAUGAAGCGCAUGAAAGAACUAAAUGAGCUAAUGCGAGAAAUGCUGACAAGUGUUAAGAUGGAUGUGGAAGGUCAGGACCAUGGAUCUUCUGGAGUAGUUGUAGUAGACAGAGGUGGCAAUGUGUGCUCUCUGGUGCAUGGCACAGACAGCAGUCCGUGGGGCUCAGGAUUAUUUGUACAGGGAGUGAGUCUUCCUAGCCCAGGAAUCGUACUGAAGUCUUUACUGAAAGAAAUGGGAAACAAAAGGAGAGUCCCUUCAGGACUGCAGCCUGUGAUUGUCUUCGAGGAAGAGUUCCGUGGCCUCGAUGAAUUUGGUCGAAGGCUCAGACGUGACGUCGCUGUGACUAGAAAGCACAACAAGAGACUUACGGACAAACGGAGGGGCUUAAAACAUCGUGAAUACACGAGAGUAGAACUGCCACAGAAACUAGUGAUCCUCAAAACGCAUAACCGGGUCAGAUCUCAUCUGAACCACCUAUCAUCUGCCAGGGAUAAGGAAAAUUUUGAAGAAGCUAACGAAGGCGUCCAAGAUCAUAUUGGUGUAAAAUCAGUUAUAUAUGAAGAACAGCCUAGUGAUGAGGAGAAACGUUCAUCAAAGGCUUCUGUUCAUGGAGAAUACUUUACACCGACAAACGACGGAGAAAUCACAAAACCACAUCCUACCGUUCCAGAAGGGCAUUCAAAUCCUAUAAACGCAGUGCCACAAACACCUCACCACGAAAAGCAGCGACUCGUUGCUUCCAUAAAUUCCCUUAUCAAAGAAGACGACGACGAAGAAGAAAAUGAACUGGAGCUUUUGCUUCUGCUUCUCCGCCACCUCCUUCUCCUCAGAAAUUUCCUCCGGGACUCCCUUUCGUUGAGGUCUCUCAAAGGAGUACACCCAUAG